UAAAUAUGUCGAGGAGCCAUCACAUUCUGGAGGACUGUGCACGCAGUGUUUUUCUGGAGAGUAUGUCUGAUGUUUCCUUUCAGGAAGAAUAAUCUGAGAGUACGGCUCAAAUCACAACGAUGAAGCUGCGCCGUCGUCGCGAUGUUGCAACUGGUGCAAAGUAGAUCCUGAGCUCACUUUCGUCGUUUUCGUGAAGGUUGAGACAUCGCAGCUGGUCGAACUAGUCUCGUCAAUUUCUGCGAAGCGAACGACCACAGCCGAACCCGCAGCCAUGCUUUUCGCCAGCAGCGGUAGUACCUCCGCCGGCUCCUCAACCGGGAAGCUGAACCGCUGGUCUUCGUUGCUUAAUUGGAUUCUCGUGGUUUCCCUGUUCUGCUUCGGCGCCUUGACACAUUACCACGACCAGCUACGAGCGAGCGGAAACCCUGCGGGCGUCUUGACGUACUUUUUGAAGCCGAGAACAAGGCCAUUAAAUAAGGGGUAUGGAACUUCUCCUACAGAAGAGCUAGUGGUUGCUGGUGGUGGAGAUGAAGAUGACCCCAGCAAGACGAGAAAAGCGAGGAGAUCGCUGUCUUCGGAAAAUAGACCAGCACUCGCCGGGGUGGCCAGCGAAUUUGCCGAAAACGCAGAGAUCGAGGUUAUCAGCGACAAUGGAGAGGACGAACUGCGGCUAUCUUCAGAAUUAUCUGGUGAGGAACGCAUUACAGCGUCUAUGGUUUUUUCGGGGCUGUAAAAAUAUUGGUUUUUAAGUUUUAGAUAAAUUAAUAUUAUUCCGGAACGUGUGUGUCGGGAGCGGCGUCCCCCUGUCGGGUUGGAGCGGAUCCGGGACGGGCGCAACGCGGCGGCGGAUUUUCGGCGACAGGCGACGCCCGCGAAGACGGCAUUUUUGGACAGAGACCUCCCGGCGCGGUGUUUUUCGGACCAUACAGGUAGAGGGGGCGGCCGGUUUCGGACGACAGACACAACCAGUGGUGCAAUAUUUUUUCCAACACACACAUCCGGCGGGAAAAAUAUCCGUCGAUACAGGUUUUCCUGUAAUUAAUUAAUUUCUGAGAAACUGAGUUUCUGAGAAAUUAAUUAAUUCCUGGAGACCUGUGUGUCCGCUUCAGGUAGAAGGAGGUUGGUGAUGGUGGCGCGCUACCUUUAUUUGCCCAGCUUGCGCAAGAGCCUGCCUCCAAGCCCAACUCGUUGACAGAUCCUCCGCUUGGGGGAAGCGACGGACCUGGGUUUGCGAGGCCGCCAAUGGCCGCGCCCUCAGUCAUCUCCGACUGUUUGCCUUUUGGUUGCGAGUGGGCAAAUCAUCAAUGCAUGAUGGAAAAAUCAUCAACCAACGGAGAAUGGGGUGGGCAAAUCAUCAAUGACAGGCGGACAUCAUCAGCCGGGCAAUGGUAGGGCAAAUCAUCAGCCAGGCAGGCAAUGCAUAGCAUGGGGAAAAAAAUCGGGUGGGCAAAGAUCACCAGCCCAGUGCGGCAGCCUGCCAAAUCAAGGCCGGGGCUGUUCGUCAGUGCGCCUUCGGUGGCUAUGCGGUUCAUCAGGGUGCUAUGGGCCAACGCCAGGGCCUGCUCCCCCCGCUCGCGCUCUGCCGAGGAUGCCGGAUUCGCGCGCGGGGGCCGGUGCAGGCGUCUUUGCGUGAAGGCUGCAAAGGCCUUCACUUUUCUAGGUCAGUCCGGCGCGGGCGAAUCCUCCUGCGCGUGCUGGGCGGGAAGUGUGCGCGCGAGCGCAAAACACCAGAGCGCGCGCGAGCAAAUCUGUGCACGCGCGGUCGCGGAGGCACAAAUCGACCGCACUCGCGCGCGCACCAACCAAGCCGCAGCCAAGCCAUCAGCCAACGCGCACGAACGUCGCCUGCUCGUCGCCAACUUGCCGAAGCCAGGGGCGAGUAUCAGAGCGGCUCGGCGCCGUUCCGACCUCCUUAUAGCGGAGCGCCACACAGAGGCGAUCCGGGAAUUAAUUAAUUUCUCAGAAACUCAGUUUCUGAGAAAUUAAUUAAUUCCCGGACUGUGUGUAUUGGAAAAAAAUAAUUUGGACAACAUCGUGUGUGAGGAAAAAAAUAUUUGAUGGCUGUCCUGUGUGGAUCUGCAUGUGCCCAGGGUGUGUGUGUGUGUGUCUGCUAUCAGUGCUUGUUUGUGUUGAAAUUAAUUCGCGAACUGAUGCACAUGUGUGGAAAAUUUAAUUAACGCAAUAGAACACAUAUGCUCUUCUUAAUUUUUACAACCAUUGAAAACAAAAAUCAUACACCAGGUCUGGGGACUUUCGCCGCUCCCGACACACACGUUCCGGAAUAAUAUUAAUUUAUCUAAAACUUAAAAGCCAAUAUUUUUACAGUAUCGUUUUUUCUAAUCAGGUACUAGAACGAUCACGUCGAAGAUGAUUCUUGUUGUGUAGGGUCCGUAGCUCCUUUGUGGUAUGUCUUGGAUCGCUGUUGUUGGCCGUGUUCUUCACACCUCCUGAAAACAAAAGCAACACUUCUAGCCUCACCAUUAUCCCGCUCUCUCCACGAGGAGACCGGCGAAGAAGCGGCCCUCCACGGCGAGGCGCGAGUAUGGACGGUGAUAACGCUCUUUGGCCUCAUAAUCGUCAUGUCCAUCGGCUUCGAAGAGUUUCAGCAUGGACUGAUACAUCAUUACAAGGUAUUGUAGUGCGAGCGAUAUUAAUGAAAAUUAAUUUUAAUGAUCAUGAUGCUGUUUGUCAUUCGCUGUUUGUCAUGCCAGUAUGUUCUUGCAAUGCGCAUAACGACCAGCACCACACUCCGACUCUGCUCAAAACUACAGCACACCGGGCAGACGCAGAUGCUGAAGAUGAUAGACGCUAUGUUUAAGGAGCUCACCAUCCUCGGCUUUGUCGGUCUAGCGCUGAUGUGCAUCGUGAAGUCCGGCGUAUUGACCGCUGCGGCGGUGAUCAUUUUCGAGCACCACCACCUGAAGAAGCACAUCCACCAGCACGAAGAGGCGAUAGAACACUCCGAGGGCGGGGAGAUUGUACAUCACCACGAGGUGCAUUAUGAUAGGUUGUUGCUGGAGCGGAGUAGUGGCUCAAGUACGAGCGGUGCUGGUACUGUUGUUCCUUCCGAGCCGUCAUCACCACUAAGGCAACUACACGGAAACUUUCACGACCCAAUCGCCGCGGAGCUUUUUGAGCUGUUUGAGGCGGUAUUGCAGCAGUCUUGUGUUGAAUGUUACGUCGAAGAUGCUAGAGGCGGUAUUGGAGAAGUUUGCACAUAGAUACGACACCUGAGUUUUAUUUGUUCGUGCAGAGUACAAAUUAAUAAAAACAAAAAGAACAAAUCGACUUUGACCACUUACUACAACAGGUUCACAUGAUGAUUUUCUUCGUCAUGGUCGCUUUCAUCGCCUUAGUCGGCUGCCUCCUCAUUCAAAGCGGUAUGACCAGAACGAAGUUCCACCUUUGCCAGAACCUCCGACCAGAUCAGAAGCUGACCUUGAAACAGAAGCUGCUAGGGGGGCCGACGCUGAUUCAGGUUUAGAAUUGUUGGAGUUACACAAGCAUGUUGCAACUGCAAGCCAACGUCGUGGAAAAAAAUGCACUUCAUCUGUAUGUGUAUGUUUUCCCAUUAACAUUGCAAGCUUCCCACAAUCGUCCAAAAAUCAGGACACCAUCGAGUUCCGGCUUUUCCAAAAAGAAUUUUUCCAUCCCUUCGACACGAAGAUGCAGAACCCCGAGGCACACCCCGCGUCCUUUGAUUUCUGCGAGUACCUGGGUGUCUGCAUGGCGGAUUUCGUGGUGAAAUUGGUCGAAAUCCCCUCGGUGUCCUUCGCGACACUGUUCGUCUUACUUCUCGCGGCAAAGCCGGCAUUUCGGAUGGAGAGGGAAAAUCGAGAAAUGUUCAUGCUGUGUCUAGCCUGGGUCAUCUCCGGGGUGUUAGUGGGUGUGGUGAUCUUCGCACGAAGAAUAUACUACGAAUUGCUACCCAUGGAAUACAACCCGACAAACGCUUUAUCACUCGCCUCCUAUAGCAUGGUAGGCGCGACCGGGAAGCCGAAAUAUCAGACACGGACCUACAAACGUGGUUCGGGGAAGCUGAUUGCAAUAACACACGGUAUAAUUUGCAAAUGAUCAUUUUUGAUGGAAGCUUUCCAUGCAUGAACAUGCUCUAAAGCUAAGUAGUGUUGCUUGUCGUGCUUUAUUUAUUUUGAACGGAGGGCGAAGCAAGCGUAAGCCACGUGUAAUGCAUGCAAGAAGUAGGAGACGAAUAACAAUGUAACGGUCACUAGUUGUACACCAGGCACCCGCGCCCCGAAUAAGCAGGAAGCGCUCUUCCCCUUCUGGCGCAACGGACCCGAACUUCUUGCUUUCACGUUGCAGAUCGCGUUGUUUCUGCAGGCCAUCAUGAUUUCUGUGUACCUGGUCCACAUCCUGCCCGAAGAAACGCACUGGUUCCAGCCGGUCAUGCAGUUCGUUCCCCUACUGUUUUCCCUUCUCGUCUUGUGGCCUUCAAUAUGGAAUGCAAAUAUGUCUGGGUCUGGAAGAUUGCCAGGUUUGUCAUGCUUGUCUCACAUGACAGCUGAAUCUGUAAUGCGCGAGCAGGAAAAAAGCCUCUUGCCUGUCAUGCAAAAGUGCAAUUUGCCGUGCGGAAAUCGAAACACGAAGGAGCCCAGAAACUGGUCAUGCGUGGCUGCGUAUAAUUGCAAUACGCCCACCAUUCACAAACUAGCAUCAGAAGCUUCCAGACCCAGACAUCUUUGCGUUUGAUAUUUAAUCCUCUACCUCUUCACGAUCAUCACCUCGACCGGAAUGAUGCAGCAAGACGAGAUUGUCGAGGAGAUCUCGCGAAAGGUGGAAGCAGCGCAGUUCAAGAAGUACUCGACGUUAAUCACGGAACUGGAGGCGUCCGCCUUGGUGCACCAGAUUAAGAAUCUAGACGACGGGAAAGUCGGUCUGAACACGGCGUACGAAAAGUGGUUCACCGGGAAGUUGACCGAGUUCCACAUGACCGUGCCCCGGGAGCAGCAACACCAAAUCGCGGAAGUGUUCAAAACCUGGGAUAGGGACAUGAGCGGUGCGUUCGACGAGGGGGAGUUGUCGGGGUUACUGCAGUCGCAGGGACGAUCGCACGCCGCGAUCGAGUCCAUCCUCCGCCAGUGGCUGUUGUCCGGGGUGUUCCGGCCGAGGAUCGACCCAAAAACGAACAAGGCCGACGACAAGGAGGUAUGCAAGAAAAAAACUGUGUUUGUAAGUGUAAGUGUAACUUUGCCUUGCAGACGCUGCAAUACAGUUUACACUACUUGUCAUGCCGAAUAUGUAUCAGAGGCUAUUUCAAUGCGUGUUUCCGCGUACUAGCUACGCUUGACAGGCUUUCUGUCAUGCAACACAAAUCUGUGAUGUUGUUCCUGUAAAAAAGUUUACACUUGCACAGUUUUUUCCUUGCAUAGGAGGAGGGGGUGAUGUACAGCGACGAGUUUAAAGUUUUCGUGUUACUAGAGCACGAGCUAACCGGCGGGGAUUUCGACGAGGAUAGGCUAGAGGGAUGGUUGUCGCAGGUUUUAGACAAGAACGGUGACGGGUCGGUUUCCGUUCCGGAAUUUUUGGACUCCCUAGGCCCGGUCUGCAAGGCGGCGGACAUUGAUCUCCCUGGGGUGGCGAAGAUGUUCAAAAUCAUCGAGGCGAGUGACAACGAACAGCAGGAAGUGGAGGAAAUCAGCAUCGCGAAAGUUUUGAUCUGGCUGAAGAAGUAUGCGAUUCAGAAGCGGAAGGAUUCGGACGGAAAAAAGCGGGGCUUCAUGAUGUCCGGCGGGGGCGGGGAUGCGCACGCCGCGAAUGACCGAACAAGAGUCGCUGACGAGGGGAUGGCCGCGCCGAAAGCGGCGAAGUCACCCAGCGGAAAGGCCGGGAGCCCGGCGGUGAGUGGCGGAACCAGUGCUGUUCCGAAGGCGGCGGGGCCGGGGACCGCGGCGGUUAAAAGCAACUGAGGGCGAAGCUACUUUGUCGUCUUUUUCAGUUCUUUCGGCGGGCGAAAAAAUCAUCGUGCGUUUUGGUAUUCGCGAACUUCUCAUGACUACUGAGCUUUUUUGACAAAGUGAUAUACAGUGCAGCGCGGCACAAAAAUGGAGAAUCCAUGUUAGCUGCGUCUGCGGCCGCGAGUGAAGACGCGCAUUUAUUUUCCAACUGACCUCUCGAUCGAAAAGAAAAACGUAGAAUCAGAACGAAUGUUGGAUGUAAUCGAAAAACACAGACCUGCAAAAAAGAUAGAGAGCCGAGACGACGUACUGCAAUGUUGAUGGAGCAGUAUGCGCACGCGCUCUGAAAAUCAAAUCAAACUUUAAAAGGAUGAAAAACCAAAAAAAAGUUUCGUGGCCGCCGUUGAUGAGGCUUUGCUUUCGGAUAGAAAGAUUCCCAUCGAACUCAAGUGGACAAGCAUUCUUGGCCUUGAGGACGCUGUUAAAAAUGGUAAAGAAAAAGAUGAAAUAUGAAAAGAAAAACCACAUCAACCAUAGUUAGCCGAAAGAUUCGAAGAAAAAGUAAAA